AUGCGCUACGGCAGCGGGAGUGUCUUCAUAUGCCCUCCAACGGGACCCGACGCCGGCACCAACGCCGGUACCGACGCUGGCGCCUACGCCGGCACCAACGCCCGCGCCGACGCCCACCCCACGGCGAGCCCGACAGCGAGCCCGACCGCGAGCCCGACCGCGAGCCCGACGGCCAGCCCCACGGCAAGCCCGACCCCGAGCCCGACGGCCAGCCCCACGGUGAGCGCGACAGGUGAUCCUCACCUCACCAACCUGUUCGGACAGCGAUUCGACCUCCACAGGGAGGGAUGGCACACGCUGGUGCGGGUUCCGCGGGGCGCCCAGCGCAAUGCCGCCCUUCUAAGCGUCGAGGCGGAGGCGCGGCAGAUGGGCGCGGCGUGCGCGGACGUGUACUUCCAGUCGGUGAACCUUACGGGAAGAUGGGUUCGCACCAAGGGCCGUGUCUUCAGCGCCAACAGUGUUGCCAAGAAGAAGCACCCGCGUUGGUUGCGAUACGGCAAGGUGGAGUUGAAGGUCGUGCAUGGCCACACCAAGAGUGGCAUCGUCUACCUGAAUGUAUUCGUACGCAAUUUGAAGCGUGUAGGCUAUGUCGUGGGCGGCAUCCUCGGCAUGGACGACCACACCGCGGCGGUCGCGCCCAGUCAGAAGUGCCGGAACACGAUCAGCUUGUAG